GGGGCAGACAGGACUGGCUUCUGGGAAAGUAGAGCCAGGCACUCCUUGAAUCCGAGCCCUCAGGAGGCAGAAGCAGGUGGAUCUCUGAGUUCAAAGCCAGCCAGGGCUUCAUGGCCUGCACCAUGGAAAACACGAUGGGUGAUCCCCCCAUAUCGGCUGCCUUGGUGGACCACUGCGCUUUCUCUCAGGUCCAGUUUAACAGUGUGGAGAAGUUCUAUGUCCCCGGAGGAGACGUCAUGUGCUAUUAUGUCUUCACCCCGCAGUUCAUCCCUCAUCGCAAGGACUGGAUCGGCAUCUUUAAAGUGGGAUGGAAGACGACCCGGGAGUAUUACACCUUCAUGUGGGUUGUCGUGCCCGACGACCCAAGCAAGGAAUCCUCCAAGCAGCAGGAGGUCAAAUUUAAAGCCUAUUACCUGCCCAAGGAUGAUGAACAUUACCAGUUCUGCUACGUGGAUCUAAAUGGUGUGGUCCGGGGAGCAAGUAUCCCUUUCCAGUUCCGCGCAGAAACGGAGAACGACAUAGUGGUUGUUACCACUAAGGAGAGGGUAGAAGAGAUUGAGCAGCUCAAUGAGGAACUCUACCAAGAAAACCAGACACUGAAAAACACAUGUGCCAACCUCCAGGAGAUGCUCUCUGAGGCACAGGCUGAGCUCCAGAAAAAGCAGGAGAGGGUGGAAGAGACUGAGCAGCUCAAUGAGGAACUCCACCAAGAAAACCAGACACUGAAAGACACGUGUGCCAGCCUUCAGGAUAUGCUCUCUGAGGCACAGGCUGAGCUCCAGAAAAAGCAGGAGAGGGUGGAAGAGACUGAGCAGCUCAAUGAGGAACUCUACCAAGAAAACCAGACACUGAAAGGCACGUGUACCAGCCUUCAGGAGAUGCUCUCUGAGGCUCAGGCUGAGCUCCAGAAAAAGCAGGAGAGGGUGGAAGAGAUGGAGCAGCUCAAUGAGGAACUCUACCAAGAAAACCAGACACUGAAACCAGACACUUGUGCCAACCUCCAGGAGAUGCUCUCUGAGGCACAGGCUGAGCUCCAGAAAAAGCAGGAGGCGUUGCAGGCCUUGGAACAAGAUGUGGAAAAGCAGAAGGUCUGCUGGGAGAAUGAGGUGCUCCAACUGAAAGAAUACAACCAGGAGAUAGUCUCAGAAAUGGAGACUAUCAAGCUCCAAGUGGAGAAGCUUCAGACCCAGCUGUCAAGUAAAGACAGUGAACUGGAGAAGCUUGCUCAGCACGACAAAGAAAGGACACAUCUGUGGCUCAAACAAAUUAACUGGGAGCACCGUGUCAAAAUAACUGAACAGGGGAAGAAGCUUGAGUGGACCGAGGAAAUUAGGAGGGAGAAAGAAACUGCCUUGAGGAAGAAAGAAGAGCGCAUGCAGGAUGAGGUGUCUGACCUGACAAGGCUACAUAGAUGCAACAUGGACAAUCAGGUUCUCCAAACUGAGAAAGAUGAACUGCAAGAUAAAAUCUCUAACCUACAAAAGGAGAACAGUAAACUGAGCUUACUGACUCAGCAACCUUCAGACCAAGGAGAUGCUAGGAACAAUUCAGGCCUUUGCUAUGGAAACCCAUAUCUAGCACAAAACGAAAACAUGUUUAUAUCUGCUACACGGGCCCCCUUAAACUAAGAAUGAUUGUGAGAAUUAUCAGGUAAGAAUUACAUUUACAAUGUCCAGUCUGUUUGCGUUUGUAUUUGUAGCUAUCCUAAGUGAGACCUAGCCUAGUGUACCAAGCCACUUAAAAUUUAUCAACCUAAAAAGUUCCCAAACAACUUAAGCUUAAUUAUAGUCUGCAACCUCAUCGGAAACAUGGAGGAAAUAUUACCUAAUAUGUAAAGUUCAGGCAAGCAGCUUCUAAAAGUUAGGGAAGUGAUAGACAGUUGACUGCCUGGACAGUCACCAAAGGUUUCUCUGUCCUUGGAGCGUCCAAUCUUCAGCCUACCUUGCCCAUAAUAUCUGACAGGCUUUUCUGUAAAGCUGGAAAUUUGGAAGACUGGCCUACCUAAUUUUUGUUCAGUGGCUCUUGUGCCACAUUUGUUUCUUUGAAGUAAAUUGGACGUGCUGCUAGGAGCAGAUGUAUCUCUGACAGAGAAGCCUUUUAUUAUUAAAAUCUUUAAAUGUCACAUUCUGAAGCAUUUGAAGGCCAUUUAUCUAUUUACCAUUACAUGGUGCACAGUCACCUAUCUCAUAUCUAAAUAGAUGUUGCUUGUUUCUAGCUAUGUGCUGUCUGUUUAUAAUCCUGAAAACACGUGGAAGAGACUAGCUUAUUUCUGUAGUUAACUAAACUAGUAUCUAACAACUCCAGGUAAGAUAGAUGACUAGCUCCUAAUUUGCAGCUCCAAUCAUCCUGAACAGUUUACAACAGUUGGCUACAGAAUGAGAUCCUGUCAAACUCUGCUCUUUCCCCGAAUAGACCUCAGGCUGAGGGAUGGGGGAUGGAUGGUGGAGGAACCAGCCAGCCGGACGCAGUAAUGAAAUGUUGAUUCUUCCCACUGCUCAGGGCUGCAUAGGUCUUAGUGACCACUGAGAUGGUUUCCCCCUGCUCUUGUAGAGAACCUGCUUAGUAAUAACCUGAAGACUGAGCUGGGGAAGGGGCUGAAUGAGUCAGGUGUUCUCUGAGCUGAAGAAAGGUGUUCAGAGCUGAAGAAACCUCUAUCCCAGUGUUUCUACACAGGACAGGAAUCUCAUGGCCUAGCUUGUCUGGGCAAAUGAGACCCUGCCUUAGGCAAAGCAGACUAGGAACGACGCUUUCUCUGUUUUGUGUUUCUCGAUGGUUUCUGUGCAGCUCUGACUCUUCCGAGCUCUAGACCCUGCUGAGCUCGGAACUUAGAGCCACCUGCUUCCAGAGUUCUUGGAUUAGAGUUGUGUGCCACCACCUCCCAGCUGAGGUUAUACUUUGACCUCCCUGUGUUUGCUGUGGCUCAUGUGCCUGCUCACACGCACACACAAUGAAAAAGGGACAGAUUCUGACAAAAUAGAGGCCAGCAGACUUUGGUGCUGACCCUCCAAAGGCCCUGCAUGGUGAGAGAAGGAAUGAAUGGUUACAGCACAUCUAUUAAUUACAUCUCAGCUGGUGUGGGCAUGUGAGUUUUCAU